AUGCUUAAUGGCAUUCGUAAAGGAUCACGAAAUACACCUGUUGCACUUCGGACUGUAUUCGGGUGGGUCAUCACUGGUUCUUCCGUAAGUGCGAAUAAUAUUCAUUCGAAAAGAAUUUUAUCACUGAACACUUCUCAGGACGAUAAAUUAUACGAAUUGUUAAAACGAUUCUGGGAACAAGAAGAGGUUAACAACCCUACUAUAAAAUCUUUAGAGGAUCAAGAAUGUGAGCGUCUAUUUACUGAAGGAUGUCGACGUCAUGCCUCUGGUCGUUAUAUUGUACGACUCCCUAUACGACCCAACUCACAAACUACACUCGGAGAAUCAUUGCCUAGAGCCAAACAUAUGCUAAAUGCCUUGCAUGAUAAAUGGAAGAGCGAUGCAGUAUUAAAAACUAAAUAUUCUCUAUUUAUGUCAGAGUAUCUAUCACGAGGACACAUGCGUCUUAUUUUACCUUUAGAUAACUUUGACGAUUCUAAAACUGUUUGUUAUAUUCCACACCACGCAGUUUGGCGCAUGUCAGAUAAUCCACUAAAAGUUAGAGUCGUCUUCAACGCUUCAGAUAAAACCUCUUCAGGGAUAAAGUUAAACCAAAUAUUCUACACAGGCCCAAAGAUGCAAAAUGAUCUCUCAACAGUCCUAAUGCGAUGGAGAUUUCACAAAAUAGUAUUUUCUGCGGACAUCGAAAUGAUGUACCGUCAGAUUUUAAUUGACGAAAGAGAUAUUGAUCUUCAACGCAUUGUUUGGCGAUCACCAGAUCAGGAUAAAGUUGACCACUUUCAACUUCUCACAUUAACUUAUGGUAUGUCUUGUGCACCAUACCUAGCUAUCCGAACAUUACAUCAACUAGCAGCAGAUAAAGGACACACCUAUCCAAAGGCAGCUCAGAUUAUUCGUAACAAUGUUUAUGUCGAUGACAUGUUCGCUGGAGAAUGCGAUGAAAACGCUGCUCGUCAACUUCGAGAUGAACUUAUUAACCUUUUAAAAUCAGCAGGAAUGCAUCUGAAAAAAUGGAUUUCUAAUCACCCAUCUCUUCUAAACGAUCUUCCAGAAGCUGAUCGACUUCGCCCAACCUGGUUAAAUUUCAAAACAGAAAAUCCUGUUAACGCUCUAGGAAUUGCAUGGGAUCCAAUUCAAGACCAAUUUUGCUUCAAGGCUCCAGUGAUUGAUCUCGAAUAUAUUCCCACAAAAAGAAAAGUUCUAGCAGCUAUUUCAAAACUAUUUGACCCAAACGGUUGGCUCAGUCCUAUCACUAUUAAAGGAAAAAUCCUUAUGCAGGAACUUUGGAAAAGCCAAGUUGACUGGGAUUCUCCUCUUUCAGAGACACUUGUAAGAAAGUGGUUAGCAUUACAUUCCAGUUUGUCUGAAAUCAAAAAUAUUCAUUUUGCACGAUGGAUAAACUACCAUCCUGGAGACAUUGCUGAAAUUCACGGAUUCGGAGACGCUAGCAAACUUGCUUUCGCCUCAGUUGUUUACAUUCGGAUAAAGUCAUCAAAUGGAAACUAUCAUACGCAUCUAUUAACAGCAAAGAGUCGUGUCGCACCUGUUAAAACUGUCACAAUCCCAAGGCUUGAACUCUGCGCUGCUUUACUAACAGUAAAAUUGAUAAACAAUCUAAUGAGUAUUUUGGAAAUUCCUGUCGUUAAAGCAUAUGCUUGGUCAGAUUCUAUUAAUACAUUGAGCUGGAUUAAAGCUGAUGAUCCAUCUCGAUGGCCAGUGUAUGUCGCCAACCGUGUUUCUGAGAUUCAGCAAAACUUUUCCAAAGAAUCUUGGAAAUAUGUUCCAGGGAAGGAUAACCCUGCUGACAUCGCGAGUCGUGGAACAGAUGCCCAUUCUCUAAUCGACUGCAACUUGUGGUGGCGAGGCCCUGACUGGUUGUCUAAAGAAACUUCUGCGUGGCCAACGUUUCCAAAUUUGAAAAGCGAAACUCUCGAAAAGUUGACAGAACCCUCAACAUCAAUUCAAAGUCUCUUUUUGCACCGAACUGACAAGAUCAUCAGUCGCUUUUCAUGUUUAACACGAUUAUUAAGAGUUAUAGCAAGAUGCCUAAGAUUUAAACUCCUUUUAAAGCCAAUGCCGUAUCGCAGUGAAUCUUUUCGCUUGCGACUACCACCUGAUGAAAUAAAGCGAGCAUUUCUCGCUUGUGUUUUCCUCAGUCAAAGCAAUAGUUUUAAAGAAGAAUUAGAAAUCAUACCAAAAAAAAAUCUUCCUCAUCACAAUCAACUUUAUCGAUUAAAUCCUUUCAUCGAUCAAAUGGGGAUAUUGAGAGUCGGUGGACGACUGGCAAAUUCUGCGUUGCCCUAUGAUCAACGUCAUCCUAUCAUCUUACAUGGAAAUAGUCCAUUAGCAGGGUUAAUAAUCGACCAGGCUCACCGAACAGCCUUACAUGGUGGAUUUCAAUUGACUUACUCGAACGCUAUCAAAAGAGCUUGGAUUAUUCGUGGCCGUGUGCGAGUUAAGGCUCAUAUUCGCAAAUGUGUCAUAUGUGUUCGACAUAAGGCUCAAAGAUCCGAACAGCUUAUGGGAAAUCUCCCUUCUGAAAGAGUAACUGUUAGUCAUCCCUUUGAGAAAACCGGCGUCGACUAUGCAGGACCUUUCUCUAUAAAAUGA